GAAUGGCACAAGAGGCAAAGGCAUAAAUAAACGGGAGUGGUUCAUUUGCAUGCUUUGCUAUUUGCUAUUUGCUAUUUGCUAAUGCUACCUAUUCUCUCUCUUUGCCUCAAGAAAAGGAAAAAGCGUGAGUCACAAGACAUGGCAGUUGAGGCUCCUCACAAUCACAUGAAUCUCAUCCCUCCGCAGUUACUCACCGCCAGAGAAAUGACGACGACGAAUAAGGCGCAAAUGGACGGUGGUGGUGGUGGUGGAAUGGCUCUGGCGUCCACGGUGUUACCCUCCGACAGUGGCCUCACCUACCACAUCCCCCUCCCGAGGAAGCGCUCCAGGGACAGAGACUCCCAAUCCAACGCUCCCCCGCUCCCGCAGAAGCCCAAGCUCUCAUCUCAGCCCUCCAUCUUCGACCAUCUCCACAGCCACCAGUACGAGAUCGACCGCUUCAUCGCGCAGCACACGGAGAAGGUUAGGAUGGAGUUGGAGGAGCAGAGAGUGAGGCAUUCAAGAAUGCUGGUGACGGCGAUACAAGAGGCGGUGGCCAAGAAACUGAAGGAGAAGGACGAGGAGAUUCACCGCGUCGGGAACCUAAACUGGGUGCUGCAAGAAAGAGUGAAGAGCCUCUGCGUCGAGAAUCAGAUUUGGAGGGAGUUGGCUCAGACCAACGAGGCAACCGCCAAUUCGCUUAGGAACAAUCUAGAACAGGUGCUGGCGCACGUUAGCCAGGAGCAUCAUCAUGACGACGACGCUGAGUCCAGCUGCGGCAGCAACGUCCACCGCGAGGGCGGCGGCGGAGGAAACGAUAAAAGGAUGUGCAAUCGGUGUGGGGUGAGGGAAUCGAUAGUGCUGUUGCUACCGUGCAGACAUCUCUGUCUCUGCACAAUGUGUGGGUCCACCCUUCACACUUGCCCUCUCUGCCAUUCUGGCAUCAAUGCCAGCGUCCAUGUUAAUUACUCUUAGGAGGUCACAUUUUACUUUUUUACAUUACACCCUCCAUAAAUAGAAACACUUACUUUUUCUAUUU